UAAGUUGAAACAGAGUUUGGGGAAUUUUCAAGACAGCUCAAUGGAGUUUUCUCAAAGCCUUUAUUGCCUGUCUGUGUAUACCCAAAUGACAUGCUUGUUUGAUAACCUUAGCAAUGUUUCCCCCCAACCACCUGCUAAUAUUUUCUCUGUGUUAUUAAAUUUUAAAUCUGUCAUAUUAUACCUUAUGUGUCAAUGUUUGUUGACUUUUCAGUGAUCUUUUUUUCUCAUUUAAUGACAAUAUUAUGAUUUUAUUAUACAAAAAUAUUUUAUUUGAAAAUCGCUUGUAGCUUUUAUAAACAAACUGCAUGAGAUGAAUACAUACAAUACUAAUAUAUCAAUUUAGCAUUAUAUAAAUGAAACAACAAAAAUUUAUCAACCAGUUUUGCUUUAGAGACAAGAAAAUUUGAUCAAUCAGUUUUGAGCAUUGUUAUAAUAAUUAUCUUAAAAUAAGACUUUUUAAUAUCAGUAACAAAUAGAGGUCACUUUUCAUAACUAAAUCAAAUCCAAUUAAAAAAAAAAAAAGGCAAGAGCAGGAAAUGGUUCAAUAAAACCUGAUAUUGUUCAAAAUCUGAACAUAUUUAGUUUAUAUUUGGUUUAAAUCAAUUUCAAAAUAAUUACUUUUUUUUAAUUUUCUUAUAAAUUUGUAAAUAGAUUAUUAUUAAGUGAAUAUUCAAAAUGGUCCUUAAAAAUUUUUUAUAGACCCAAUUUUUUUUCAAGUCAAUAAAUAGUCUUUGAAUUUUUUUUGUGGGAUGUGUUAGUCCUUGUGCUGAAAUGCUCUUAUUUAAUUUAACCAAAAAACAAAAUGUGGCCUUUUAAAUAUAUGAGAUGAUAUCAUGAAUUUUUAUUUAAUAAAAUAAUUUUUUUAACACUUAUUUUUUUAGUGAAAAUAGUUUAUUAAAAUUGACUCUAGUAUUUAGAAACAUGUAAAUUGACUCUAAAAAUUAUUUUAAGAGACUAAUUUGGCUAAAAAAACAAGUUUUUACAAAAAUUAUUUCAUAAAUUGAAAAUUACAUAAUUAAUAGGUUAUGAAAAUAAUUUUAUUCAGUUAAAUGUGAUUCCCAUAAAAAAUUUUCUAUGAAUUAUCUAGUGAAUUAUUUCUUAAAAGAUUUAAUUAAAUCUCAUAAUUUUUCAGUAAAAAUAUUGGAUUAUUAUUGAAACAAUAAAAAGAGUUUCUCUCUCUCUCUCUCUCUCUCUCCCUCUUUUUGUCUGAAUAUUUGAAUUUGUUUUGGCUCCUAUAAAUUGUAACUACAUGAGUUUGCAAAUGCACUACAAACAUUCAACUGAGUACUCACCAUUGCAGCGUGAAGCAAAAUGGGGCAUCAAUACCACCAAGCAACAGAUGGGCUUUUGACCCUUUUCACAAAAGCCAAUCACGAUCUUGCUAUGGUUCAUCACCGCCUCGAAAUGGAGUUUCAACAGGUUUACCCUUACAAUGCUAACCCUAUGAAGCUGGUUUCUAGGAUCAAGAAGAUUCAGGAAGAUAUAUCAACCUUGAAGGGGCAGUGUCAUGAGCUUCUGGCUGCCAAGCAGGAUUUGAUUGAUAAGGCUCAGAGAACUCUGGUUGAGAACAGAAAUUCAGUGCAGCGUAUGCAAACGUCCUUGGGCAUCACUCCCACUGGUGAAGAUGAUGCUGCGUUCACCAACUUCAAACAGGUAAUUGAAGAAUGGACAGUACAAGUAAGAUCCAAAACAGGGAAUGAAAUGCAUGAUUCUGAUUCUGGAGAUCUCAACAAACUGCUGUUCUCAGCUAUAGUUCAAAGUAAUUGAACUUCUAUCGAGAGAUCGUAGCUGUUGCAGUUUAUGUCAAGCUCCCAGGACUUUCACAUAUGAUCUAUACUGUAGACUUGUAGUACUGAUAUAACUGUGCUUCUAGUUGGUUAUUCUUCUUUUAAGAUGUAGCUGUUGAAUUCUGUAAUUGGUGUGCUUCUAUUGUUGGAAGGGCUACCAGAAAACAAAGUUGGUUUUAUUAAAAUGUAAAUAAAUGGAAUUGUGUACACAAACAAUUGUAGUGUCUACACAUCAACAUGUUGAAAG